CUGUAAUAUCUCAGUGUGUUUAGUUGAGAGGUGGUUGUUAAAUAUUUUAUGAGCCUUUGUGACAUCUUAGUAGUAUUGUGAGUGUGUGUUGUGCCACAGAAGAAGAUGCAGGUGCAGCUAAAGGUAUGAACUAUGUAACCAGGUGCAGGAGCAAAUUUGAUCCAAAUUGGCAAGUCGUUCCAAAUGUCAGUAUUAUCAGUUCAGUUUCGAGAAAACUACAUCUGAUAGCGCUCUUCAAGAUGAAAUCCUUCGUAGCAUUCUGCAUUUUCGUUAUCUUCGCAAUUGCUUUGGUGCAAGGUGCUCCUAAACAACUUUUGGACGUCGAUGUUGGCCUUGGCAAUGUUUACGGGUACCCAGAGGCUCGCUCCGCUUAUGGUUAUGGUUACUACCCCUAUGCUUACCCAUCUGUAGUCUAUCCAGCUUACAGUGGCUUGUCUGCCUAUGUUAGCCUUUAAACAAUUAUCGAAAAUGUUUUGAAUUUGGUUCUUCUUGUUGCAAUAAAAAAGCUAUAAAAAAAA